UUUCCCCCAAAAAACAAGACUUGACAGUGUUGAUGUUGCUGAGGAGAGCGCAUCCUCCGGCCGUGUGUUGUGAUAGAUGUGAUGUUAGAAAAGGAGAACAUUAUUAUCACCGUUAGUUUUAUUUAUUUUUACAUGUUAUUUCGUUAGCGUGAGGUCCGGCUGCUGCUGCCCGGUGAUCUCUCUCCAUUUCAGGGCUGACGUCUUGAGCUCAGCGCGAUGGUGGAUUUGUCCGAAAGUGGUGCAGUGUCUCCGGGACACGGCAGACACGGACAGGGCUCCGGUAACAACGGGAAGAAAACGUCGAAAAAGGCGCGAACGAGAAGAGGCAAACGAGGCAGGAGAAGACGGAAUAAAAAGAACAACAGGAACAACAAAACACCACCACCGUAUUUACCACCGGAGGCUGAAGAAGGAAACAUUGAAUACAAGCUGAAGCUGGUGAACCCCACCCAGUAUCGCUUCGAGCAUCUGGCCACGCAGCUCAAGUGGCGUCUGCAGGAGGGUCGCGGCGAGGCCGUCUACCAGAUCGGCGUGGAAGACAACGGCCUGCUGGUCGGCCUGACGGAGGCCGACAUGAAGGCCUCGCUCAAGACCUUAAAGAGGAUGGCGGAGAAAGUCGGAGCCGACAUCACUCUGCUCCGAGAGAGGGAGGUGGACUACGACUUGGACAGAAACACUCGGAAAAUCGCAGAAGUCCUGGUUCGAAAAGUUCCUGACGAUCAGCAGUUCCUGGACCUGCGGGUGGCGGUGCUGGGGAACGUGGACGCGGGGAAGUCGACCCUGCUGGGCGUCCUGACGCAGGGCGAGCUGGACAACGGGCGAGGCCGAGCGCGGCUCAACCUCUUCAGGCAUCUGCACGAGAUCCAGACCGGGCGCACGUCCAGCAUCAGCUUCGAGAUCCUGGGCUUCAACAGCAAAGGAGAGGUCGUGAACUACAGCGAGUCGCGGACGGCGGAGGAGAUCUGCGAGAGCUCGUCCAAGAUGAUCACCUUCAUCGACCUGGCCGGACACCACAAGUACCUGAAGACCACCAUCUUCGGCCUCACCAGCUACUGCCCCGACUUCGCCAUGCUGGUGGUGAGCGCCAACACCGGCAUCGCCGGUACCACCCGGGAGCACCUGGGCCUGGCGAUGGCGCUGAAGGUUCCCAUCUUCAUCGUGGUCAGUAAAGUGGACCUGUGUUCCCGCGGCACCGUGGAGCGAACCGUCCGACAGCUGGAGCGAGUCCUGAAGCAGCCGGGCUGCAACAAGGUCCCCAUGGUGGUGUCGAGCCCCGACGACGCCGUGACCGCCGCGCAGCAGUUCACACAGUCCUCAUGCAUCACGCCCAUCUUCACCCUGUCCACUGUGUCUGGAGAGAGUCUGGACCUGCUGAAGGUUUUCCUGAACAUCCUCCCUCCACUGAGCAACAGCAAGGAGCAGGAGGAGCUGAUGCAGCAGCUCACAGAGUUCCAGGUGGAUGAGAUUUACUCCGUUCCUGAUGUCGGGACUGUGGUGGGAGGAACUCUGUACAGUGGCGUGUGCAGGGAGGGCGAGCGGCUGGUGGUCGGCCCCACGGACGAGGGCCGUUUCCUGCGUCUGAAGGUGGGCAGCAUCCAGAGGAACCGCUCGGCCUGCAGGGUGCUGAGGGCCGGACAGGCCGCCACGCUGGCGCUGGGGAACUUUGACCGCUCCCUGCUGCGCAAGGGCAUGGUGAUGGUCAGUCCCAAGAUGAACCCGACCAUCUGCUGUCAGUUCGAAGCCGCCAUCGUCCUGCUCUUCCACGCCAAGACUUUCCGCCGGGGGUCACAGGUCACCGUGCACGUGGGCAACGUCAGGCAGACGGCCACCGUGGAGUGCCUUCACGGAAAGGACGAGCUGCGCACCGGCGAGAGAGCCGUGGUUCGUUUCCGAUUCAUCAAACACCCGGAGUACCUGCGACUGGGCGCCAAGCUGCUCUUCAGGGAGGGCGUCACCAAGGGCAUCGGCCACGUCAGCCGCCUGCUGCCCCCCUUCCAGAACCACGACCAGAACCAGAACCAGAACCACGACCAGAACCUGCAGGAGCAUUAAAGACUCCUCCUUCAUCCCGCACAGCUGGAUGGACAGAUGUCGAGCUCCGUGAGAACUUUGGACGCCAUCGAUCGGGUUGAUUCUCCCGCCACAUGUCGGCACAUUAAUCCGCCUGUCCUGGAUCCAUAGUCACGUCCUCAUGCGCUCCUGCUGCGUUGUCACGGCGUCCAUCAUCAUCAUCUUCUCCUUCCUCCUCCCAGCUGAUCUCGUGGACUGAAGCCUGGCCGUUAAUCUGAUGUUGUGCCACAGAUUUAAGAUUUAAGAGGCUCGUCUUCAUCAGCGCCGCUGCCGUGUGAAGGCGCCGGAUUAUUUCUGUGGAGGAUUUGACAAACGGGUUUAAAGUGGCGUGGCGAUUAUUUCUUGAGUGCAAGGAACCCCCCCAACGGUGGAUUUUUGACAAUUUCCCGUUUUUCAUUUUCACUCCGGCGUCAACUUUGACGAACUUUGAUGUGAAUUUGCGACGUUGAUCGUUAUCAAUCGUCUCCUUGGUGACAGAAACAAAGACAUUAGCUGUGUCCCAGGUCAGGUGGAACUGGUCGACGGAGGAUUUUCUGCUUUACGACACCAGCUGUGCCCGCCCCUUACCGCAAAGCAUGGCUCCUGUCACCUAGCAACCUCGACACGCAACUUUUUUUUUUUUUUUUCACAAAAACUUUUAGUUGUGAAAAAAGAACUGGUCGCACCAGCUGUGGCACUGAGCUGAGACACUUACUAUACUUCAUACAAAAUACUUACCGUGAUCAGUAGAUCAGAAUUAAAGCUUCUCAUCACCGACCGCCUGUGGAGAGAAGCACUGUAGUGUAGCCCCGCCUCCCGCCAACAGGUGGCCGCGUGGCACUUUCACAAAGUGUGUGAGACAAAGGUGAUCGGUAUCGGCCGUGGAUCAGAGUCUGUCAGUGUAUAUUACAGACGCGUAAUGAAUCUUGGGAUAUGUUGUUUGAUCCUUCGUUGCCCGGGAAACAGAGGACGCAUUCGAAGGAGCCUUUAAAAUGGGACAGUCUAGUCGCGCCGCUGUGAUGCAAUAUGUUUUCAAACGCAGCCUCUGAAGGAUGAAGCUCCUGAACUGGGACACAGCUAGAAUCCAAAAUGGAGGAAGCUACCGCUUUAGCUGCCUGACACCAUCCAGUUUUAUAUAACUGCAAACAAAGUUGAUGCUACAGAGACAUCUCUUCACUAGCUGGCUAACAAGCUAACUGUCGGUUAGAGAGCGGGUCGUUGUGGCUAGUUAGCAUGUUACCUCACUUAUCUAGCAUGGCAGCAGCUCAUCAACCAGCCGUGCACGUCCCCAAACGUCCACCCAUGAAGACACAUUUUAGAUCACGUCACUUGUGUGUGGGAUUGAUCAAUUAGAGAAGAUAAAUUAAUUGAUUUGUGUGCACAAGUUUGAAAGAAAGAGCCUUAAUUUGAAGUUUUUAUACCACAAUCUGACAAACCCACCAGCUGGUUGGAUUUUGACGCUCCGUCUUUUUGCACUUUAUUCAGUUUGAGUCAUUUUGACGAAUCUCUUCUGUCCAGUUCGCUUGACUCUGGAUCUCCUGCAGGAACUAGUCCUCAUCUUUCCCCCUUCUUUUCGAGCCUCACGUCGGUUCGUCUCGUCUCCGGCUGCUCUGCCGUUCAACUGAAAAGCAGCAACAGUGAGGAGGAAGAGGAAGCUUUCAGAUAAUCGUUAUGGAAAUGUGUUUGAGGGAAUUACCUGUGGACGGGAAGUGGAGCUUUUCUACAUUUCACAGCCUUACAGUCACUCAGUUCGUCGAGACUCGCGUCGUCUGUUUAACUUGAAGCCUGAACAUUGAAUAUCUGCAUUCUGACUACGGAACACUUGCAUCUUGGUUUCCGGUUUGUUCCGUCUGUUCAUGUUUAGUGACGAUAUAAAAACUUUGUAGGUUCGAUGUAUCCGGCAGCUUUUUGCAGCGAAACAUAACCUGCAUGUUCCGGCAGAGAAUCCUCCUCCUCUUCUAAAAUCUGUAUCCAGUGACGUGUCGAUGCAGUUUUUCAUGUUAUUUUUCUGAGGUUUUGUGCAAUUGUAAACCUAAAUAUCGAAUGUACUUUCCAUGGAUCCCGUGUAGCAUUUGAAUUUGCUUACUGUUCAGAUAGAGUUACUGUUGACUUUGCACUUUUUAUCCUGAGUCUGCAUGUGUUUGUCGGAGAGCUGAGUCAGCUGAUUCUGCAGGAUGAAGACGAAGACGUGGACGUGAGGUCAGGGUGUGACGCGACCUCACACAGCUGAACAUUUAAAUACGAGAGUGGAUCUAUCACUUUGUUUUCUCUGACCAUCCCUCCAGCUGAUUAAUAAACCGUCACAGUGAAAAUGA